UUUCAUAUUAGUUUGGACAUAUGUUGCUAUAGUUCUCGUUAAAAAUAUGGCAUUUACUGCAUUAAAAAAAGAAAAAACCAUUAAAGAAAAUUCAGGCACACUCAGUGACGAUGGCAGUGAUCGAACAAGUGACGAGGAUGAACAGCAGAAUGGGACAGGCAAUGCAGGUUGGGCAGACUCUAUUGCCAAAGUUUUGAAUACCACAAAACCAAAAACAAAAAAAACACUUGCUUUGUCGCGAGCCAAAAAAAUUAAAUCACAAAGUAAAUUACCAGAAACGAAAAGCUAUAGUUUCGAAGUAGAAGGUGAAAUCAAAGAAGAAAAGCCAGAUAAAGACGAAUUAGAUGAUAAACUCACACAGCGUAAGAAUGUGCAACUGCAAUUGCGUGUGAAACCUACCUGGAAGGAUAUUGAACGUGAGCGCACAUUACGCAAGAUAGCCACAAAAGGCGUAGUGCAAUUAUUUAAUGCGGUGCGUAUGCAACAAAAAGAUUUGCAAAAUCAACUUGACGAAGCCGGAAAAUUAGAUAGCCGGCAGGAAGCAGUUCUAAAUAACAUAAAUAAACGUAAAUUCCUCGAUGUGUUAAUGUCUGGUAAACGCGCAAAGUCUGAAGCAGUAGAUAAUUCAAUCAAAAAUGAAAUUAAAGGGGAAAGCAGUAGUGAUGAAGAACAGAAUGGUGGAGGUACGCACAAAAAGAAAUCAGAAUGGAAUGUUUUGAGAGAUGAUUUUAUGACCAAUAAAAAAAUCAAACAUUGGGACGAAGAUGAGGAAGACGAUGAUAAUGAAGCUGAUGAAAGUAUAAGUGAUAGUGAUGAAUAAAUAAAAUCAAAUUUUUACUAAAAA